AUGCCGGUGCAGCAGAAGCGGCAGUUUCGGAAGCGGAAAGCGCUCGAGGAGGAGGACGGGGAUGGCGGAGGGGAGCAGGAGGAGCAGAAAGACGUACGCUCCACGUUAGAGGAAGUCCGUCUGCUGCAGCAGCAGCGCUCGCGCCUCAACUCCACAGCUCCUUCCCCCUUCCCUCCCCCCCCUCCUCUCCCUCCCCACCUCCCCCAUCUUUCCUCCCUGCAGCCCCGCGCUAGAGGAAGUCCGCCUGCUGCAGCAGCAGCGCGCGCGCCUGUCCUCAUGUCCGCCCUAGAGGAAGUGCGCCUGCUGCAGCAGCAGCGUGUGCGCCUUAAGGGGAUUGCAGCAGACGGGGCGCUCACAGGCGCAGAAGGGGCGGAGGGGAAGGGGGGAGGCGCGGGGGCGCAGGGGGAGGCGGGGGAAGAAGGGGAAGGAGGGGAAGAGCUGGUUCUGCAGGACACGUUUGCGCAGGAGACGGCGAUUACUGUAGAAGAUCCGAACAUGCUCAAGUGCAUUGAGGAGGAGCUGGCGAAGCGCCGAGGGGGAGCUGAGUUGAGCCACAUGCCCCAGCUCAAGUACAUUGAGGAGGAGCUGGUGAAGCGCCGAGGGGAUGUUGCGCUCAAGUACAUUGAAGAGGAGCUGGCAAAGCGCCGAGGGGGAGGGGCGGGGGCAGCGGGGGGCAGCAGGGGGGAGGGGGAGGGGGAUGAUGAAGUGUUGCGUGCUGAAGACAAGCUGUACGAGAUUCCACAGCACUUGCAGGUGGGAAAGCUGGAGGGGGAGGAGGGUGGAACCGCGUGGACGACGGGCAUUGCGGAGGUGCAGCUCCCUAUUGACUACAAGCUGGGCAACAUCGAGGCCACGGAGGAGGCCAAGCGCAUGAUGCAGGAGAGACGGCCGUGGAUGAACCGCCCGCGCCCUCCGUCCACAACGCUGCCUGCCAGCUACAGUGCAGACUUCUUUCAGCGCGGUCGUGAAUACGCGGAGAAGCUUAAAAGGGACAACCCCGACAUCGGGAAAGCUGCACCGUGCCAUCACUACGCGCUCUGUCCUGCACGGUACAGCACUGCAGAGGUGACGGGCAUGGCGGCUCGAGACCAACGGCAACAGCCAGCCACCCAUCAAUUGGUUUGA